AUGGCCGUGGUUAUUGCACGAGUGUCAAGUCGGAUGUUUGGCGGUCCCAAGCUUAGUCAAAACCGUGAAUGGAUUCAAGCAUCUCUUCUUUUUGCCCAUGACGGCUUCAACGCGGCCCAAAAGUUGAAAGCGUGGCCCAACCUCCUGAAGCCAAUUGGGCAACAUCUGAUACCCGAAAUUCGCUCCAUAAAGAAAACAUACCAGAUUGCAGAAAGGGCGUUGAUUCCCCUUCUCGAUGAACGCGAACUGACAAACACAAGCACGCAUGACCUUCUCACCUGGAUGUAUGACCAAGCACAGGGAACCGAGAAAAACAAAAAGUUUAUUGCUGGAACCUUGCUCAAAGUCAGUUUCGCAGCGUAUCACACGAGCGCUGCAGCACCAACGCAGCUUCUUUUCGAUAUUGCAGCAAAGCCCGAGUAUAUUGCCCCGCUUCUUGAAGAAUACCACUCGGUGUUCAGGGAUCACAACCAAAACAUCACCGUCAAGGGCUUUGCACAGAUGUCGAAAAUGGAUAGCAUCAUGAAGGAGAGCCAGAGAUUCAAUCCUUUGCUUCUACUCACAUUUGAACGCAUUAUCAAACAAGACUUUCAGCUUUCCGACGGCAUAAUUAUUCCUGCAAAUACUUGGAUUGGUUGUGCAGCACAAGCCAUUGGAAUGGAUCGAAAUCUAUAUUCUAAUCCAGAUACAUAUGACGCCUUCAGGUUUGUGCCCAGUGAAAACGAGAAAGGCACUGUGGCAGCAGGUGCAAAGACCAACUACACAUCUGCUCACCCAGGUUCAAUGGCAUUUGGCUAUGGCCAACAUGCGUGCCCGGGCAGAUUCUUUGCUAUGAUGGAAAUCAAAGCUAUCAUUGGCGAGAUUCUGAGCCGGUUUGAGAUGAAACUUCCGAACGGACAACCGAGACCGCCGAGCAUGACAUUCGAAACGCAACAUCUGCCACAUCCCACUGGUCCAGUUCUAUUCAAAGCUAGGACCCAAAUGUAG